AUGAAUCAACAUUUGAAAUCUUCAGGUACUCCAACCACUAGUCACUCUACUGCUGGUGGUGCCUCUGGUGGUGCUAAUGAUGAUGGUAGUGGCUUACACUCACAUUAUCAACAACCUAACUCACUUGGUGGUGGUGGCACUUCUUCACUCCCUCAACAACAUCCAGGUGCUACUGCUGGUGGUGCUGGUGGUGCUGCGGGAGGUGUUCCUUCUGCUUAUGGAUAUGAUGCUUCCGGUCACUUGAAUGGUGCUACUCACUUGCAACCACUUCAACAACAACCAAUGCAACAUUUGCCUAUGCACUCACUUCCUCAGCAAACUCACCAUUAUCCAAUCCACUCUUUGGGCCAACAGGGACAUUCUCAGCUGCACACUCCUCAAAUUUCUUAUCAACAACAACAAGCUGCCGCUGCCGCAGCAGCAGCACAAGGACAAGCCCAUUAUGGAGGACAAAAUCAACUUCAUCAACAAAUGCACCAUCAAUUGAUGACUCCAAAUCCUUACCAACAACAUUAUCAACAACAACAAUUGCCUCACUUGCAUCCAACUGCUGGUGUUGGAGGAGCCACUGGAGGACAUGACUCUCAUGAUCAUCUUAACCUCCAAUUUAACCCAAUGGCUUAUCAACAACAAUCUCAACAACAACAAUUGCAUCAUUUGGGUCACCAAAUCCCAAAUGUUGCCCAACAACAACAGCAACCACAACAACAAGCGCAAACUCAGCAGCCAACUCCAUUGCCACCUCAAUUGCACCACCUCUCUCACAAUCCUCUUUCUCAAUCGGUGCCAAUUUCUCAUCAUCAAACUCCUCAACCAACACCACAACCACAAGGUGCCGGAGGAAGACAACCACGUCAAACUAAGAAGCAAAAGCAGCAGCAACAACAACAGCAAGCCGCUUCUGCUGCUGCUCACUUGCAUCUGCAUACAGGCAGUAUUGAUCCAAAUGCUCAUGACCAAGGAUCUCUUGAUGCUCACUCUUUGGCUCAACAACAUCAUAUGGAGAUGUUGGCCCGUGCUAGUCAAAAUGAAAUGAUGGAAUCAGCUGGUAGAAAAGUUGCUCCUAGAUCAAGUGAUUUGUUUAGAGUUGGACCACCAUUUGGUAUGAUGAAACAUCAUGCAGCUGUAUAUUGUAAAGCCAAUGAUAUGCAAGUUUUCCCCAUGUUGCAUGCAAGAAUUGAUCGUGGGUUUGAAAUGGGUGAAACUGGCACUUGGAUUGGAUACAAGCGUAACUAUUUCACAUUGGUUGCUUCAUUCAAUUUACAAGAUUUUGACUUUGGUAGAUUUAUUCAAAAUCAAUUUUACACCUAUGAUAAAUCAAAGGGCGGUAUGAAUGGUAAUGGAUUACAUCAUCACCCACAUCAUCCACGUACCGCACAACCUCAUCAUCAUCCACACCAUCCACACCAUGCUCACCAUGCCGGUGAAACCAGAUUGGAUAUCAGUUAUUUUGCCAUUCGUUUAGUUGCUAAAUGCUCCGAUGAUGAUGUUGCCAUUUCAUUAAUUCAACAUACUGCCAAGAGAGAUAAAGGUCCACAAUUCCCACCACCAAUUUACCCAGCUUUGCCCGGCGAUUUACCUGAUCAUGAAACAGUUAGAGCCAGUUGUAAUAAGCGUAACAAUAACAAGAUUGAAAAUAUGAAUAAGAUUUUCUUUUUCGAUCGUGCUCAAUAUUAUGGUGAUUACGGUUUGGAUAGCAAUAAGGAUCAUUCAAUCUUGCGUAACUAUCCUAGUGAUUCUAUUUCCAAAGUGGCUAGAUUUGAGCGUAUUCAAUUUACUAGUUCAAUUAGAGUUAAAUCAACUAGUACUGCUGCUCGUUAUUUUACAUUGUCUUGUGAAUUGUUGGGUAUCGUUGAAGAUGAAGAUUCACAAAUUCAACCGAUUUUGUUGGGGUCAAUUGAAUCGCCACCUUUGGUAAUUAGAGGUAGAUCACCUUCGAGUUAUCACAAGGAUAGAACUUCGGGGUACAGACCGCCAAGUAGUGCUUCGCCUGCAGUUCAGUAA